UAUAUUCUAUUUCCGUCUUUUCAGAAUAUAAACUUAAUAUUUUAUAAUAAAAUAUACAAAAGUAUUAAUCAGUUCGAAAUGACUCUGUAUUUCGAUUCAAGAGUUCAAUUUUUUGAUAGUGAUGCAGUUAGUACUGUUGGAAGAUGGCACCCAAAUGAACCAAUUUUUGCUAUAGCUUCUUUUAGUCAAGAUCGUGGAGGUUCAGUCACAAUUUUUGAUGACUCUGGUGAACCAUUAAAUGAAGUUACCUAUCCAGUUCAUCAAGUUUCUCAAGCUACUGCUUUGGCAUGGCACCCAGAUAAUCGACUUUUAGUUGCCGGUUGGGAGAGUGGUGAAAUUCAUUGUUGGUUUGAAGGAAACCGCGAAUUUUCAAGUGUUCAAGGACCGCACAAAGUUCCCAUUAUUUUAAUGGAAUUUAGUGAAAAAGGUGGAAGAAUGGUUACAGCCGAUUCGAUGGGAUUAUUAACUGGUUGGCGUUGUGAUGGUCAGUACCAGUUUUUAACUAUGUUCUCACAUGAUUUAAAGGAUUCUUUGUUACACAUAACAUUUCGUAGGACGGUAGAGAGCCCUCUUAGGACAGAAUUAACUAAUUUGGCAAAAGCUGCUGUAGCUGGUGAUGAAGAUGCGCUAGAUAUUUUGACUAAUUGGAGACCUAGAACAGCUGCAAGAAAUUUAACACAUUCCGGUGUAAAAGAUAAUCAUAGUUUUUAUGUUGGAACAAGAGCAGGGAUAGUCCUUUAUUUUAAUCAAGCUGGCAUAUGCACCGAAGCUUUAAAAAACAAAUCGUCUCCUAUAACGCAAAUUUUAUGGCAUCCAAAAAGGGAUGCUAUAGUUUGUCUAAUGGAGGAUAUGACAGUUGCUCAUUAUUUAUCAGAAUCAUCCGGUUCAUUAACAGAAUUAGAUCGGGUAAAAUUAAGUGGAAAAAUACCUGGUAAUAAUGGAGAAAUUUCAUGGGCAGCGAACUCUUUAGCGAUAAUUACAGGUGAUUUCACUGUUCGCAUAUGGGACAUUGAUACUAGCGAUAAUUUUUUAUUACCUAUGAAUUUACCAAGUGUUGAAGAUACAAAACCAUUAUCUGAUUCAAUUUUACCAGAAGGAACAAAUAAAAAUGGAAUUUAUAGUAAUUCUGGAAUAUUACAAUAUACAACAAAUACAUCAGUUAGCCAUAAUACAAAAACAACAAAUGAAGUAUUUACGUGUAUUGCUUAUUGUCCAGAUAAUCAAACUUUAUGUGCUGGAACCAAUCAAGGAAAUUUAUAUACAUGGAAACGUACAUCAAGUGUAGCAACAGUAGUAACAUCUAGUAAUUAUUCAAGUGAUAUGCCUGAAACAACUUGGCAAUUAAACAAUAUUUCAGCAGUAAGAGGUGCUAUCAAACAAUGUUAUUGGGGUAUAAAUGAAAUAAUGAAACCAUGUAUAUUAGUUAAUUGUGUUUCAAAUGUUUAUGUACUUAAGGAACAACCUUUAUUAUCAUGCUAUCGACGAAAUAUUUGGGCUGUACAAAGAAGUGCUAAUCAAGUGUAUGUUGAACAUUCAAUUGGAAAAACAACAACAGUUCAUGCUGAUAUUUCAAUAACAAAUUUAGCUUUAACAGAAUUAAAUUUAAUAUUAAGUAAUGGUAAAACAAUUGUCGUUUAUCGUAUAAAUAAGGAUGAUGAUUUAGUAUUAGGAACAACAGCAGUAAUUGGACCCGGUGGAACAAUAACUUCAACAUCUACAAUUGAAAAUGAUAAAAUUUUAUCAAUUAAACAAAUGCAAACAUUUCAAUGCGAAUGUUUAGAUGUACAUAUACAUCAGCAAAGUAGUCAAAUAUAUUGUUUAACAAGUCGUGAUAUAAAAAUUUAUUCAUUGGGUGGUGUUGUUUUAAAGGAAAUACAAUCAAAUGAUAAUGAAGGAAAAGUUAUUGGUUGUGAUAUUACCAGUCAUUAUUUAACGAUUUUCACAAUGAAUGGUUAUAUAAAACUAUUUGAUAUUUCAAGGCAUGAACCAAAACAAAUGAUUAAUCCAAAAAGUGGUUAUGAUUUAUUUGAAAGUUUUGGUGAAUUUAUUUUAGCAAAAUGUAAUUCAAAUGGUAGUCAAUUGGCAUUGAUAAUUGCAAAUGAAAGUUUAAUGCCUGAUGGUAAAAUAUAUUGUUGGGAUUUUGAACGUGAUAUUAUACGAUCAUAUGAUUUUUUAAAAGAUUCUAAUAAUAAUGAUAAUAAUAAUAGGUUACCAAUUAAUUUUUAUUGGGAUACCGAUGAUAAUCGAUUAUUAGCUAUAGAAGCACGUUCAAUUCAUCAUCAACAAUCUCAAUCAAAAAAAUUUAAUGGUGCAUUAAUAAAUAAAGAUGAAUCUAAUAAAAAAUUAGAAAAUUAUAUAAAAGAUACAAAAAUUUCAACAAUGAAAACAGAAGAACGUGGUGAAAAUUUAAAUGGUACUAUUAAUAAUCAUAUUGGAGCAAUUGGUGGUACAAAUGAAAUAUCAGGAUUAAUUACAGAUACACAAACAUUUGUUAUGUUUACAACUGAAAAAUGUUUUAUUAAAUUAUUAGAAAUUAUUAAUUUGCCGCCAGGAGAACAAUUGGUUAAUCUUUGUACACCGAAUGUGAUUACAUUAAAUAUUAGUAUUAUAAAUCAAAUAACAUUACGAGAUUUUAAAGGUUUAGAAAAUUGUGAUGAAAAUACUCGAAAAAUGGUACUGGAUUUUAGUUUAAAUGUUGCUCUAGGGAAUAUGGAUAUGGCAUUUCGAUGCAUCCGGUCAAUACAAUCGGAAGUUGUAUGGAAAAAUUUAGCAAGAAUGUGUGUACAAACCGGACGUUUAGAUGUGGCAAAAGUAUGUCUGGGACAUUUAAAAAAAUCACAAAGCGUUAGAGCAUUACGUCAAGCAAUGGAAGAUGAUACAUUAGAGAAGGAUGCUAAAACAGCUGUAUUAGCUAUUGAAUUAGGUAUGAUUGAUGAAGCACAAACUUUAUACCGGAAAUGUGGACGAUUUGAUUUGUUAAAUAAAUUGCUACAAGCAUGUGGAAAAAUUGAUGAGGCUCUUCAAAUUGCUGAACAAGGUGAUAGAGUUCAUUUAAAAAAUACUUAUUUUAAAAAAGCUGAAAUAUUACGUGAUAAAGGAGAUAUCAAAGGUGCACUAGAAUAUUAUGAAAAGACUCAAAAUAAAGUACAAAAUGUUACUCAUUGUUUAUUGGAUGAUCCAGCAACAUUAAAAAAAUAUAUGCAAAAUACAAAGGAUCCGGAAAUGUUAAAAUGGUGGGGACAAUAUAUUGAAAGUACUGGUGAUAUGGAUUCUGCAUUUAAAGUCUAUCAAAAAGCAGAAGAUUGGUUUUCACAGGUAAAAAUUUUAUGUUUUCUUGGUCAAUUAUCGAAAGCUGAUUCAAUUGCCCGUCAAUCUGGUGAUCGUGCAGCAUGUUAUCAUUUAGCACGUCACUAUGAAAAUAUUGGAAAAUAUCAAGAAGCUAUACAUUUUUACACAAGAGCUCAAACAUAUAGUAAUGCUGUACGUAUUUGUAAAGAAAAUGAUUUUCAAGAUGAAUUAUGGACAGUUGCUAAUUCAGCAAGAUCACGUGAUAAAGCGAUUGCUGCUGCUUACUUUGAAGAAUGUGGUGUUUAUAAAAAAGCUGUUGAAUUAUAUCAUCGUGCAGGAAUGUUACAUAAAGCAGUAGAAAUGGCAUUUGCAUCAAAACAACCAGAAACCUUGCAAGUAAUUGCAUCUGAAUUAACAGCUGAUUCUGAUCCAGAAUUAGUAAAUCGAUGUGCAGAAUUUUUCAUAAGUAUUGAACAAGCACCAAAAGCUGUACAAUUAUUAGCAAAAUCAAAACAAUUUGAACGUGCUAUAAAAAUAUGUAAUGAUUUUGGUGUACCCAUGACUGAAAGUUUAUCAGAAUUAUUAACACCAAAUAAAGAUGAAAUUGAAGAAAGUUUAAGACAACAUUUAUUAUUACAAAUUGGUGAAUUAUUGCAAAUUCAAGGUGAUUAUCAUACAGCAACAAAAAAAUUUACUCAAGCUGGUGAUAAAGUUCGUGCAAUGAAAAGUUUAUUAAAAUCUGGCGAUACAGAAAAAAUAAUAUUUUUUGCUGGUAUGUCAAGACAACGUGAAGUUUAUAUAAUGGCUGCUAAUUAUUUACAAGCAUUAAAUUGGCAAAAUGAUCCAAAAAUAUUAAAAAAUAUUGUAACAUUUUAUUCUAAAGGACAAGCAUAUGAUUCAUUAGCUAAUUUUUAUGCGACAUGUGCUCAAGUUGAAAUCGAUGAAUUUCGUGAUUAUGAAAAAGCUUUAAAAGCAAUGCAAGAAGCUGCAAAAUGUUUGAGUAAAGUUGCAAAUACACAACGUGCUGCAGAUAAUUUACAAAAUACAAUUGUUGAAGUUAAAAAUGUAUUAAGUAUUCAAGAAGCAUUAGAAUCCGGUGAUAAUCAAUCAGUGAUUGCCGGUUGUCGCAAUAUGUUAGUGAAACCAGAACGACCACCAAUACGUCAAUCAGAUAUAUUAGCAAUGUUAGUACAAGCACUUGCUUAUUCAAAAUUAUAUGUUGAAGCAGUUGGUGCAUUAAGAGAAUUAGCAUUAAAGGAUCCUGCCUGGAGUAGUCGAGGUUUAUUAGAUAAACAAUUGGUACAAAAAAUUGCAAAAGAAUGUGACAUGGAUUUUGAAGCUAUUUGGGCAUCAGGUUAUAGACAUUUACAAACUGAUGAAGAUCAAAAUCCAGAAAAUUUAAAUGAUGCAGAAGAAAUACAAGAGCACAUCGAGUAA